GCCGUGGGGAACACGGCUCUGGGAACCGGGGACCUGGGGACGACAAGCGGGUUGAAAAGAUCUGGAGUUUAUUUUAGAGAUGGGAAAAUUGAGUAUCGGAGGUACUGCGUCCUAAUGCCUCAAUUUCCUCAUCUGCGAAAUGAGUUGACAGUGAUGUCGCAUGGCUGCCGUGAGUUUGAAAGAUGAAGUGUGGAGAGGUGAUUUAUGAAGUAGAAAGCGCUGUACUAAUGUGAGGGACUGCGCCGUAAUUAUAGGUACACCAUGGAAGUGGGUGUGUAUGUGGGGUACUGUUUGAAAUAAAGCAAAAAUAACAAUAUUAAUGCUAAAUAAUAAUGGUAGCUGUCUUUUAUUGUAGGCUUACAGUGUGCUAGGUACUGUGCUGAACACUUUACAUUGCAUUAUACUAUUUAAUCCUCACAAAAACUGUCGUCAGUCAUGCUGUUUCACAAGUGAGAACACUGGGCCUGAGAUAGGUGAUUUAGCUGCAAAGUCCGUGUUUUACUAACAUUUGUAUUCUUUCAAAACAUUUUUAUUCAUGUUAAAACGAACAGAUUUUUUUAAUGGUAUAUACAAGUGAUUUGAAAUUUAAAAAAGAUAUACAGUAAAAAGGAUCCCCACACCACCCUGUUCCUCAGCUGUCCAGUUCUCUCUGGAGGCAGCUAGUGUUACUAGUUUCUUAAAUAUUUAGAAGCAAUUUUAAGCAUAUAUAUUUUAAGUUCAUAGGUAUACAUACAUUUUCAAAGCUUUCUAUUCCAUAAUUGCUGAUUAAGCUUGAUAAGAAAGAGAAGAUUGAGCCCCCCCGCCCCCCCCACCCCCCCCAAUAAAGGUCUGCUUUCAUUCCUUACAAAGCCAGGUCCUGGUGGAAAAGGAGGGGAAAACACUUCAUUCUGUUUUAUUCAGAAUAUCAUGUGUCUAAUACUUAGAGGUAUAGCCUUUGUGGGUUUUUUGGGGGAGGGGGUGUCAGGGAAUGAGAUAUUGAGCUGGCCACCUCCUAUAGGACUCUGGGAAAGUCAUUCCACUUCUUGGGCCUUACAUUUCCUCAUUUAUUGGUUAAAAGCGAUGAUAAUAAUACCUUCCAUAGGAUUGUGACGAUCUAGUGAGGCAACCUUUAUGUGUAGUAUUUUAGGCUUUAGGCAGUCCUUGGGUGGUGCAGAUGGUUAAGAACUCCGCUACUAACUGAAAGUUUGGUGGUUCAAAUCCACCCAGAGGCAUGGUGAUCUGCUUCUGAAAGGUCAUAGCCAUUGAAAACCAUAUGGAGCGCACUUCUACUCUGGCACAUAUGGGGUUGCCAUGAAUUGGAAUCAACUCCAUGGCAACUGGUAUGGUUGGGCUUUUUUUCGGUUUUAAAGCUAGUGCAAAUGUGAGAGUUGCCUAAUGACACAUAGGGAGUUAAUGGCAGAACCAGAGGCCAAACCCAGGUCUCCCAUCUCCCGGUUUAGGAGUCUUAACCAUUCUGCUGCCUGUUCCCUCAAAGCUUUGUGAUUGUUAAUAUUGAGGGCAGGAGGGCAAGUUUAAUGUUUAGUCUGAGGUGGAGGGAAAAACAAGGGGAAGACAGCAGGAGAUAUGGGUAAGAUGGACAUAAAAAUGCACCAAGUGGGAAAUAAUAGCCUCAAGUCAACAACUGCCCUUAAUCAUAAAAUUAAACUCCCAGUAAGUUUGAACCGUUGAAUUUUUCUUCAGAUAAGUUCUACUUACUGGUAUUUUUAAAGCAGCUUUAAGGGAAACUUUGUUGUGAAAUCAUAGGGUUGAAAGGGAUGUUAGUGGUCAUAUAGUCUAUUCCAUCAGCCUAAACUUCAAUGCCAUAAAAAGCUUUCCUGCUAGGUAUUCAUCGUAGUAAGACUAACAGAAAGUACUAUUUAAGGUACUCUAGGUUGGGCACUGUACUAUGCAUGUCUCUGUUUUAUUUCUGAUUCUCAAAAUUCUUAAGAUGGGUGAUAGUUUCCAUUUUACCAGUGACAAAACUAAGCUUAGAAGUUAGUUGAACAUGCCAGUGAUCACAUAUGAAGUGAUUGAAUCAGUGUAAGAUUUGAUUGACUCUGUAGCAUUUUCAUUUACUCAUUUCUGCCUCUGUAUCCAGCUGUCCCCAGUAAUGGGAAGCUCACCACUUCGGAGGCAGCUAUUCCAUUGUUGGAAAGCUCUGAUGAUUUGAAAUCUCCUCCUGUUGAACUGAAAUCUCUUACUUCCUGCGGUUUUCCCCUUGAGACUUGUGCUGCCAGUACGUGAUGUUCCUAGAGGCUUUCUGAAAGAGUUCAGUUUAGACCUGUAACGUUAAGAAAGUCACUAUAGCCUAAUUUGUUGUCCUCUUCAAAGGUAGUUAAUUCUUUCAGAAAAGUGAAAACUUUUUCUUUAACAGUGUAUUCUGUAGAAUUAGUGGACUUACUUUAUUUAAAAAAGAUGUCUUUUUUCACAGCAAUCAGAGAUGAAGAACUGGAAAACAACUUCCCAUAUGGGGUUGAGCAGCUUAAAGGGCAAUCUUUAAUGUUAGAGUUGGAAAAGAAAUUUUUACUAGGCAUUAAGAGAAUAUGUAAAUCUCGGAAAUGCUUGGGUUUUCUGGAAAGGUGCUCAUUGGAAAGCUUGUCCCAUGAUCUACAGUGGUGUCAUAGGCACAUUAAUUUGGCUUGUUAUAGGAUGUCGCUUAGUUAUUUUGUAAAUGGUAGGAAGCAAUGUUUUAAUGGGAAUUAUACAUAUGCCUUGUGGCCAAUGAAAUCGCAAUCCAGUUCACAUAAAUGCAAGCAUUUCUACUACAGAUGUGUGAGUUUGCACUUCUCAGUGAGAUAGAGGCAGUCUCUACACUUUUAACUUUAAAAAAUGAUUCCAGGUUAGGUAUUUUGGAGUGUGUUUUUAAUUGACCAGUGCUGCAUGCAGCUGUUGGAAUUCUUAACUGUUUGCAAAAGUAAUCAUUUGAGCUUUGCCUGGACUCCAUUCCCCAUAGAAGACUGAAAGUAAAACAGCUAGGAGAGGAAUUUUAUUAUGAGUUAGCUGGUCCUUUGACUUGGAUUGUCAGAUUAUAGCAGCUUCUCUCUCCCUUUCUCCCUCAUCCCUGCACUGAAUUAAUUAGCUUUUGGAGCAUUGUGCGUAUAUCCAUAGAAGAGUUUUUGUCUUGCUGUCGGUGAUUAUUUUUUAAAAGUAAAGAUUUUCCAUUGAGAGAUGUUUGUUAGGAUUCGGAAGAAGGAGGGGGCUUGUUAUUUUAUAAUAGGCCGAUAGAACUUUUGGUGAACUGAUUAUUUUUUGGCAGCCUAGUAAAUCCUGAAAAUAAAUUUAUAAAUUCUGUCUAGCCCAGAACCUGAGGCUUCAAGAGUAUUAUCUUGAACUCCAGUCGCUGUCCAGAAAUGAAAACUAUGAGACAAUAGAGCAGAUGGUGUGAUUGGAAAAGGUUUCUACUAAUAAAUUAGACAGCUUUUUGUCUUAGAACAUUCUUUGCAAAUUUGAUAUUGGAAAGCUACGAAAAUAAUUUUCACCUGCCUUACAUUAACGAAGUUGAAAGAUGAGAUCUGGCUUUUUGUGUAGACCUGAUCUAGAUGACUUGUGGAAAGGAAUUUAUAUUCCUCUUCCACAUUAAUUAAGACUUAAGUUUUUGUAAUUAGUAUGGCGGUCUGAGAUUAGAGGAAAAUUUGUAUAUCUUUUUUUAAAUCAUGGAAAUUUUUUAACAUGUGAAAGUAGAAUAAGAAACUUCCAUGUACACAUCACCCAGCAUUAACAUCAACACAUGGCCAAUCUUGGGAAAGGUAGUUUUUACUAGUUUGCUUUAUUUUUGUGUUCUCUUUCCCUUAGUUUAUUUCCCAUUGCUAAGAAUGGCUUAACACCUUGACUCAGUGUAUAAUACUGGGUCCUUUUAGAUUUUUUUUGUCCCUGUUAGCCCUGGAGUAAUUUGUCAUUCCCCUAUAGGGGGAGAGUGAUAUAGUCAGAUAGGCACAGUGCCGCAGGUUGUAUUGCCAAGUUGCGGUUUUCCUGGUUGUAUCUGACUUGAGAGGGAGACAGCAAGAUGUGUUUGGAAAAGUAUUGAUCUUGAGAAUACUGGCCUCCCAUCUGUUCUGUUGCUAUUUUUAUAGCUCUGUCGUAUAGGCAAAUCAUUUACCUUUGGUCUGCAGUUUCCUCAUCUUCAAAGUGGAGAGAAUCAUACCUGUUUUUUGGUGUUUCAUAAGCAUUAGGAUUAUUAGGUUGCCUUAUUUGUACAGAUUUAUAAGACCCUUCUGGCUGUCUGGGGUGCAUAGUUAAGAGCUGUCACUAGGUUAUAUGAGGCUUAUAAAAACCAAAUGUUAGACCAAAUAAUUGGUAAUUUGUGUUCUGACCACGGCUUCGACCAGUUCUCUCCAUUUGGACUCCCUGUGAAUUUGCUUUUCCACCCCAGAUAUACUGAAUCAGAAUCUACAUUUUAACAAGAUCAGGUGAAUCAGGGCAACUUGUUAAAAUGUAGAUUCUGAUUCAUUUAUCUGGGGUGGAAAGGCAGGUUCUCAGCAUGGGGUCAAACCAGACCUCGUUCUAACAGGCAGUGCCGUAAGGAGGUAGAAGAACCAGAAUGCCUGAGGCAAAUAACGUAUUAUACCUGCUUGUUUUUCCUCCACAGGCCUUUUUGCCUGAACGUCUACUGCAAAAGCAAGUGUCAGUUCUGUGAUUUUGGUGACAGGUUGUGUCUAGCAUAAUAACUGGUGUCUCAGGUUACUACUCAAGACACUUGAUUUCUGGUUGUCACAUCCUAAUGCUCAUGUUUUGUGACUUUAGUGACCAAAUGGAGUGUAUUAAGGAAUUCAUUAAGCAAAUUGUUUUAUAAUGGUAUGGGGGGGCGUGUAUCAUAGAAUACACUGUUGUAUAAUGAAUGAAUACUUUGUAAAUCUUUCAUGCAUGUAGCAUGUGCUAGACUUUCAAAGGAACAAGUCACACAUACCUACAUAAGUUUCACUGACUUAUGUUUCAGAGAUCAUGAUCUGUUAAAGUGUGUUUUCUGAAAUGUAUUUUCUUUUGUGUGCAUGGAAAAUUUUCAGAUAAAUAAUACUGUGUUAACUUUAAAAUUGUAAUGUAGUAACUAAGCAUAAAGUUGUAAUGCCAGGUUUUUUUACACUAAUUUUAAUACUUUAUUUGUUAGCAGUCUUGCUUGAUCGGUCUUUUUGAGCAGAACUAAUACAAUAUUUUGAUGUGCCACAGGUAAAUUUUUCCAUAACCUUAUGGAGAGAAAGGACUUUGAGACAUGGCUUGAUAACAUUUCUGUUACAUUUCUUUCUCUGACGGACUUGCAGAAAAAUGAAACUCUGGAUCACCUGAUUAGUCUGAGUGGGGCAGUCCAGCUCAGGCAUCUCUCCAAUAACCUGGAGACUCUCCUCAAGCGGGACUUCCUCAAACUCCUUCCCCUGGAGCUCAGUUUUUAUUUGUUAAAAUGGCUCGAUCCUCAGACUUUACUCACAUGCUGCCUCGUCUCUAAACAGUGGAAUAAGGUGAUAAGUGCCUGUACAGAGGUGUGGCAGACUGCAUGUAAAAAUUUGGGCUGGCAGAUAGAUGAUUCUGUUCAGGACGCUUUGCACUGGAAGAAGGUUUAUUUGAAGGCUAUUUUGAGAAUGAAGCAACUGGAGGACCAUAAAGCCUUUGAGACCUCAUCAUUGAUUGGACACAGUGCCAGAGUGUAUGCACUUUACUACAAAGAUGGACUUCUCUGUACAGGGUCAGAUGACUUGUCUGCAAAGCUGUGGGAUGUGAGCACAGGGCAGUGCGUUUAUGGCAUCCAGACCCACACUUGUGCAGCGGUAAAGUUCGAUGAGCAGAAGCUUGUGACAGGCUCCUUUGACAACACUGUGGCCUGCUGGGAAUGGAGUUCUGGAGCCAGGACCCAGCACUUCCGGGGACACACAGGGGCGGUAUUUAGUGUGGACUACAAUGAUGAACUGGAUAUCUUGGUGAGUGGCUCUGCAGACUUCACUGUGAAAGUAUGGGCUUUAUCUGCUGGGACAUGCCUGAACACACUCACCGGGCAUACGGAAUGGGUUACCAAGGUGGUUUUGCAGAAGUGCAAAGUCAAGUCUCUCUUACACAGCCCUGGGGACUAUAUCCUCCUAAGUGCAGACAAAUACGAGAUCAAGAUUUGGCCAAUUGGGAGAGAAAUCAACUGCAAGUGCUUAAAGACCUUGUCUGUCUCUGAGGAUAGAAGUAUCUGCCUGCAGCCAAGACUUCAUUUUGAUGGCAAAUACAUUGUCUGUAGUUCAGCACUAGGUCUCUACCAGUGGGAUUUUGCCAGUUAUGAUAUUCUCAGGGUCAUCAAGACUCCUGAGAUAGCAAACUUGGCCUUGCUUGGCUUUGGAGAGAUCUUUGCCCUGCUGUUUGACAACCGCUACCUGUACAUCAUGGAUUUGCGGACAGAGAGCCUGAUUAGCCGCUGGCCUCUGCCAGAGUACAGGAAAUCAAAGAGAGGCUCAAGCUUUCUGGCAGGCGAAGCAUCCUGGCUGAAUGGACUGGAUGGGCACAAUGACACAGGCUUGGUCUUUGCUACCAGCAUGCCUGACCACAGUAUUCACCUGGUGUUGUGGAAGGAGCACGGCUGAUGCCACAAGCCACCACCGCUGACUGACUUUGGGUGCCAGGGCUGCGGGUUUUGAGUGCAACCUCAGUGGCAGCUGACUGCAUGAACCAAAGUUCUCACCUAACGGUAUCAUCACGCAGUGCACAAUCAUUUAUCUUUGUUUGCCAGAGGGCCAGGGCUCGGGGUGGGGGAGGGCUUGUUUUAUUUACAUACAAUGCAGCAUGCUCUUGGGGGUACACCAUUGACUUCAUUUGUACUUAGUUAUAUUGAUCAGUAUAAGAGGAUGCAAUUUGGGUUCACCUUUCUUGACAAGAACAUGGUUUUUAAGUAAAGGACAUUAAAUUGGUUCAUUAAUCUGCUAAUUGGUUGCCUAUAAAAUUACACUGUUAUUAAAGCUUUUUACCAUAGCCUUUUUUUCUUUCAAAGUUAAAGGUGCUAUGAUGUUACAGCAACUUCUCACACAUGGGGCUUAGAUUUUUACAAGAGCCAGUGUUACAAAGACCACGGAGUCCUGUGACAUUUAUAAAUUCUCCACCAAAUACCAGUUCUAAAGAAAGUCUGUCUUCCAGUGCAAAUCCAGCUCUGUAAAUUGAUUGUUAUAACUCAUUGAAAACCCCAGUUCUUGAUAGAGUCAGGAUUACACAUGUCUGAGAUGUGAGGGAGUUGUGUAAUUUUUGUUCCUAUAUAGAGGAAGCUGUUUCUUGGUCCCCCACAGCCUGGGUGACAGCACAGAGGUGACACGAUACAGUAAAAAAAAACAAUUGAACUGGAAAAUUGGAGACUGGCUCUGGUACUUAGGAAUUCGGUGACUUCAGGCAUUACUGUCUUUAAAGCUAGGUGUUAACCUAAGUGAUUUCUAAGAUUCCUUCAAGUACUGGGUCUCCUGAAGUGUGGAAAAGGUGGUAUUGCAGUUUUGUCUGAUCCCUGAUUCAUUGUUUUGUUUGGGUUGGAGAUAACAUUUAAACGAAAUCACUGAUAAAAGUUGUUACGUAUAAGGAAAUCAACUAUAGGAAAAGGGUGGAUAAAAGGGGAAUGUAGAAAAUACAACAGAUUGGCAAAUUUAAGUAAUUGAUGAGAGAAAUGCUGAUAGGAAUGAUGGUUCUCUAGAGAGGCAGUGUACUAUAUUAGAAAGAACCCGACUUACCUUCCUCCAUUGUCUCUAACUUGAUGUGUGGCUUGGGGCAGGUUAGCUUUUCCUCCCUAGCCCCUCAUUUUCUUCAUCUUUAAAAUGAGGAAACUGUCCUAGAUUAAGAUUCACAAAGCAAAUGCCUAAGGGAACCAUGAAGGGAACAAAAAUGCUGGAUAGGAUUGUGCUGAGCCAUGGAAAGCUUAUCUGAGGCAGGCUGUUACUGGGCUCUAGCUGUUUAUCAUUAGGCAGAAAGGAGUCCAGUGUUGGCAGGUCUUCUAAUUUUUUUCAGGAAGGAUGAGAAAUAGAGAUUUUUUUAUUGGAAAUGUUUCGAUUUUUAAAAACGUUGACAGCUCAUUGAAGAUAAUUUAAAAUGGUGGGCUAAACAAAACAUGCCUAAGGGCUUUCAGUUUGGGUCCUCCACCCUCUUGCUCCUGGUAGGUAAUUCUGUAUUUAGCAAUGGAAAUGCUUUGACUCAAUUGUUAAAAACUUUAGGGAGAGAGUAGUUGGAGCAGCCAGUAGAAAAACCCCUCACUUACCUUCAGCUGUUUCCCAUUGUGUUACAAGGGAGUAAGAGGGACAGAUUUCAGUCACAGACAUAUAGGAAAGUAGUUGACUGGUGAACACAAGAACUGGAACCUCAGUGAGAGCCUCUGCCUUGGAAUAUGAGUUACUGCCUCUUGCUGACUCUAUUAUAAAUCAUAUCCAUUUUUACAGAUGGAAGAAAGAGUUGUUGGCAGAGCUGAAUUGAAGUUAACUGUUGUGGGGACCCAGGUCUCACAGAGUCUUCACUAGCAUAAAGCUUGACAGUGGACCUCUGGGUGCUGUAAAGUUAGUAUUUUAGGAAAUCAGUGGUUGGUUUGGAAACCCUGGUGGCGUAUUGGUUAAGUGCUGCAGCAGGUAACGAAGAGGUCAGCAGUUCGAAUCCGCCAGGCGCUCCAUGGAAACUCUAUCAGGCAGUUCUACUCUGUCCUAUAGGGUCACUGAGUCAGAAUCGACUCUUCAGCAGUGGUUUUGGUUUGGGGGUUGGUUUAGUUAAUAUAUGUGUUGAGACUGCAAGGGGAUUAAGUACAUAUGAGAAAACAAGAUCUUCCUCACCCUCCACAUCUGGAUUUAAUCCAUCUCACAUUGAGUUCUGCGUAUGAGCUCUGCUUAGUCCUCCUAGAAGUGGAAUCAGAAUUAUAGCUGGAAUCUCUUUUGCAAGAGACUUAGGGCAACGAUGAGAGCAAAUUAUUUUUUCCCCUUCAUCCAGACUGAAUAAAUAACUGAAGAUUACUGGUCUAAUGACCUUGCCUAUCCCCACCUCACUUUGCAGUAGCUUCAAAGGACAAGUAAUUAUAAUUUUAGUCAUUUGUGUGGAAAAAAAUUUACAAAUUACAAAAUUGAAACUUACGUCCCUGUCCAUGCUGCCUCUGUUCAGUGGUGAAUACCCAAGUUCUCAUCAGGGUGGUGCUUGGUGCAGAUGGAUUUUGAUAGCAGUACUUGGGACAGUGGUUAAAAUCAUAACUUUAAUUCUUCAUUCUCACAGAGCCUUUAUUUCACCUGAGCAUUUUAUUGAAUUGCUUUGCAGAUGUUGAGUUUAUUCAUAAUAUUGCCAGCUUUUCUAAAAAUGGAAAACUAAUUCAUUAAAAAGAUGAAGAGGGAAUCGUAGAGGGAGUGAGGAGGAGAAAAUUAGAGCCGUAGCUCCUUAAUCUCCUUUUAUUCAGGGAGGGGGCUACCUUCCCCACACACUGACUUCUGCUUCUCCAGCUUAGAGGCGAGGGAAUUGCCUUUGUCUCUUCUCUUAUGAAUAUUCUUGUUUCUGAAAGUUUCUAAGUCAUGAACAUAUAGACCCCAUUUUUUUUUUAAUUUUUAUUGUGCUUUAAGUGGAAGUUUACAAAUCAAGUCAGUCUUUCAUACAAAAAUUUAUAUACACCUUGCUGUGUACUCCUAGUUGUUCUCCCCCUAAUGAGACAACACACUCCUUCCCCCCACUCUCUAUUUUCGUUUCCAUUCAGCCAGCUUCUGACCCUUUGUGCCGCUUCCAGACAGGAGCUGCCCACAUAGUCUCAUGUGUCUACUUGGUCCAAGAAGCUCACUCUUCACCAGUAUCAUUUUCUGUCCCGUAGUCCAGUCCAAUCCCUGUCUGAAGAGUUGGCUUUGGGAAUGGUUCACGUCUUGGGCUAACAGAAGAUCUGGAGACCAUAACCUCCGGGAUCCUUCUAGUCUCAGACCAUUAAGUCUGGUCUUUUUAUGAGAAUUUGGAGUCUGCAUCCCACUGCUCUUCUGCUCCCUCAGGGUUCUCUGUUGUGUUCCCUAUCAGGGCAGUCUUCGGUUGUAGCCGGGCACCAUCUAGUUCUGGUCUCAGGCUAAGGUAGUCUCUGGUUUAUGUGGCCCUUUCUGUCUCUUGGGCUCAUAAUUACUUUGUGUCUUUGGUAUUCUUCAUUCUCCUUUGCUCCAGGUGGGUUGAGACCAAUUGAUGCAUCUUAGAUGGCUGCUUGCUAGUGUUUAAGACCCCAGCCGCUGUCUCCAAAGUGGGGUGCAGAAUGUUUUCUUAAUAGAUUUUUUUCAAGCCAAUUGACUUAGAUGUCCCCUGAAACCAUGAUAUAGACCCUAUUUUUUUUAAUGAACAUUGGAUUUCUUGGGUAGCUUUGUAUUUUGAUGGAAGUGAAGGGCUUCUUACCUCUCUGGUCAGUAAAGGGUGCCAUAACAACUUCAGGCUCCAAGGUGAGACGGGCCUAGGAUUGCUCAGUGGGGGUGAGGAUUUUAGCAGACUUUUUCCCUUUCCCGCCCCAUUAUUUGAAGUUAUAAGUGUUAUAAAACUGGCCCUAACCUGAUCUUUUAGACCUGUCAGAGAAAUAAGAAAAACAACUUCCUCCAUUGGAGGGGCUAAUCUUUGCAAAGGACCCACUGGAAGGUACACAUGUGUGGACAGCUUUCCAUAAAUGGAAGGUGGAAAGUGUUGCUGUUAAAAUUUAAGGUUUGUACUUCAUUCUCAGUGGUUUAAAAAUCACUCUGUUCUGGCGUCUGAAAACUCUUAGGAAGGUUCGAACGAGGAGUAUAUAAUCAUUCUGGUAUUUGCUCACAGGGGAAUGAUUACUUCUCUAAUUUGUAAAACAUCUUAGAGGGGAAAGAAAUAUCUUUGGAAACAGUAUUAUUUUAAACAUGAAAAAAUUGUUCCUAUUUGGUCCAUUUUGGCUUAACAGAAGCAGCUAAGGAUGGCAGAGUCUGGCUUUACACGUUGCUUUGGCCAAACACAGCCAGCUCCUUGAAAUUGUGACUGUGUGCCUUGGCUUCUUGGGAUCCCAGAGGUUAAUCGUCCCACCGUUACUCUUCAGCCUCAGUGCCCUCUCCUGUGGGCCUUUUGAGGGUCUGGGUGUAUGAACCACUUGCCCUUCUGUGCAGGAAAGUGAGCAGUAUACAUCACUACUCUAGGAUGCAAUCCAGGGCAAGGUACCCUGUCACCUCUGCCUUUAGGGACACAGGGGAGAAGCCCUUUAUGUCUGUCCCUUGACACAUCCUUUCUACCUGGUUAUGCUGGUGCUUGCCAUAGUGUUUUAAGACAACCAAAGCAUUCUUGAGAAUUAUGCAGUCCCCAGAUAGAGUCCCUGAUGAAAAGAACAGGUUAGCAUUCUUGACAAAACUGCCAACCUACCAUCUUUACCGCUGUCUCUGAUCAGAGGUUCCCUGUGCCUGCUCAAGGGUAGUGACUUUUUUCAGAAUAAAUCCUCAGUUAGUUUACUGGGUAGCCUUUGCACCACUCCCAUCGGCCUAAUCAAGCUGAAUGAUCAUGCUUAGUGCAAAAUGGUGUUUUGCUAACAAGUUGUUUCAGUGUGUUUACAGUCUUCCUCAGCCCUUCCUAGAACAGUUCAAUUGCUUGAAGUUAACAUUACAUCCUGACUGAUGUAAACCUACUUAGUUAUUGCAGCUUAAAGAAUGCAGUUACUUCUGCUCUCUCUGGCUGUGUCCAAAUAAGAAUGUUUUUGCAUAUUUAAACCUUGCAGAUUAUUAAUUUAGAUGAUACAAGCUCACAAUUUUUUGGUAUCCUUAUACUGACAUUGUGAACAGACAUUUCCCUAAUUUGGACUUAGUACUCUUGAUGAGAAUGCUCAGGUUGAAAAAACUGGUCUCUAUUACCAAGCCAACAUCUUUAGCAACACGGUAAAAAAUUGUCAAUUUAUGUUUUACUAAUUUGAUGUGUUUUGUGAUCUAGGGGGAAUGAGGUGAAGUUUAUAUUUGAAUUGUGGGGUCGGGGAGAAGGGAUUCCUUAAGUAAAUAGUGGAGUGAUUGUGGUACAUGAUGUCUCUAUAAGAUGAAACGUUAUUUUUAUGCAUCAUAGAAACAUUCUUUUACCCAUGAGUGAUUGUGCUAACUAUAAAUCGUUUAUAUAUUAAAGCAGGUUCCCUCAAUUAGGCAACAUUUGGUUAGCCAAGCCCACGUUAUUGAUUGUACUUGAAAGUAAUAAAGCUACAUUUCCUUAAAAAUAUAUUCUGUUGUUAAUACUUUUUUUUUUUUUUCUUUCCAACCAAUUCAGGUGGAACUUUAAAAGUGAGUGUUUUAGAAUGUGUCUUUAGAAACGAAGCUAUCCCAUUUGUGGCUAUGUUCUCUUACCUUUUUUUAUGUGCUUUUAAUUGUAAGUCCAACAAUAUAACAAUUUCUGAAUAAAAUACAAGAAAGGGAUUUUGCUGACCUUCAUGAGUAGAUAAAAUGGGGAAAAAAAGGUAUCAUUAUCCAGACUCAAGACCUUGAAAUCAUCUUCUCUCUUGCCCUCCUCUGUCUAGCAUAUCCCCAAGUUGGUUCAUUCUUGAAUUUGUAAGGCUCACUAAAUAUGGUCCUGUACCUUUGAUUUCUCCCACCAGCACUAUUACAGGACAGAUUGUCAUUCCUGUUUUACACAACGAGAAAGUUGAGGCUUAGAAAAGUAGGUAAUUGCUUAGAGGAGUAGUAAGUAAUAAGGUCGAGACUGGGGCCUGAUUUUCAGCCUCCACUUUACAUGUCAAUUCCAAUUCAUGGCAACCCAAUGUGGGUCAGAGUAGAAGUGUGCUCCAUAGGGUGUCAGUGGCUGGUUUUUCAGAAAUAGAUUGCAAAGCCUUUUUUCCAAGGCACCUCUAGAUGGAUUCAAACUGCCAACCUUUUGGUUAGCAGCCAAGUACAUUAUUUGCAGCACCCCCAUAGAACUGGAUUUUUCUUACCUUUCUUUGUUUCCCUUUCUGUUUCAAGUCUCUUCAGUCAAAAUCUAGGCUACUGCCUUUCCCCUUCACCUCUUCUGUGCGCCUUUCAAGCGUUUUUACACUCUGCUUCCAGGGGUCUCCUCACACCACUGCUUUGAGCAUGUGGCUCCUCUGUUCAAGCAACUUGGGACUCCUAGUACUAACAGGGGUGUCUAGAUUGCUUAACAGAGUUGAGCCCCAACUCAUCACUCUAGGCAAACAGUUCUUUUGCUUUCUUUCGUUUCCUGCGUUUGUACUUUGGGUCUUAUUCUCCUAUCCUCAUGGGAAAGUCCUGCCUGUUCUUUUCUACCAGCUCCUACGGUCAUUCUUUUAAGACACCAUUUACCUCUCACUGUCUUUAAAACUUUUUCUGACCACCAUCUCUCACUCAACCUGACUCAACAUUUUUGUCUAAUUGAACAAUUCAUUUGGCAAUUUCAUCACAUGGUCUCUUUUACAGUUGGUGAACUAUUAGCUUUCACCCUUGAUCCAUAAGUUUUCUAAAUUCAGCUGAAAGCUUGUUUCAGCAUCAUUAUAAGAUAAAGGGUAGGAACACCAUGGUACUCCCUAAGCUUUUAAUAAGAUAUUUCAAUAAAUUCCAUGGAUUAUAUGAAGGGCUGUGUGACCUGGAAGAAAAAUAACUCAAGACUAUGAGAACAUUGAAGCAAAAUGAAAGAUCAGUUGCGCACAGUUCUUCUGUUAGUCUUCCGUGUUCUGCUCUAUGGUAUAAACAUCUAAAAUGUUGUGAGCACACUUGGGCACAGUGUUUGAUAAUCACAUUGUGAUUAGAUAUCUUGCAGACGAGAUGUUCCUGUCCUUUGUUUGCAUUUUAACCACAUGUUCUGUUCUCUUUGUGGUAAAAAAAAAAAAGGUAAUCUAAAAAUAAUAAAUACAGAGAAUCCCAAAUAUGGGUGAGGUCAGCACAACUUGACCAAGGUAAAUAAAGACACUAAGAAAUACACGAGAAAAAGGGACAAUUUUAGUAAAUGCUAUAGCAUAGACAAUUUUCAACAACGGCCAAAACGUGUGUGGCUACAUAGGUAGAUACGGUGCAUGUAUGUAUAUAGGAAGGCAUAUGUGAGUAAAUGCACGUGUGUGUAAAGGUGUGUGUAUAGGCAUAUGUAUAUACAUGUUUGUGCGUGCUACAUAUAUAUCCACAUAUAUAACAAACUUAGGGGCACAGUUACGGAGGCUUCCUAGAUUCAUCCAUACAACUUGCAGGAUCACUGUACUGGACCAAAAGGCUUGGGACUGUAGCCUCAGGGGACAACUUAGUCAUCUGGCAUAACAUAGUUCACAAAGAUAAUGUUCUACAUCCUAGUUUGGUGAGUAGCAUCUGGGGUCUUAAAAACUUGCAAGUGAUCAUCUAAGAUACAACUAUUGGUCUGUACUCAUAUGGAGCAAAAGAGAAUGAAGGAAAUUGAAGGCUUAAAGAAGAAACUAGUCCCCGGGAGUAACAGCCCACAGUCUCUUCUAACCUGAGACCAGAAGAACUGCAUGGUGCCCGGCUACACUCUACCAAGAUCGUUCUGACCAGGGACACAAUAAAGGUCCCAGAUUGAAUGGGAGAGAAAUGUAGACCAAAACUCAAAUCCCAAAAAAGGCCAGACCUGGACCAAUAAAAACUAGAGAACCCUGAAGACUAUCUCCCUAAGAUACCCUUUGAACUUGGAAUUGAAGCUUUCUGCAGGUCACCUUUCAACCAAAUAAUAAAUUGGCUUAUAAAAUCA